GGGGCGGUGCCGGCGCUAGGAGUGUUUGGGGCCGGCGGAGCGACGGGCGGGCCCGGCAUGGGGGUGAGGUAGGGCCGGCUUGGCGCACGGAACGAGCGCGGCCGGCUGUCGGGACCGGGUGUACGCGGCGGUGGGACGCGGAGCCUGGCGGAGGAUGGAGGACAAGAAGGAGGAGGGCGAGGCGGAGAUCCAGGAGCACGGGCCCGAGCACUGGUUCAGCAAGUGGGAGCGGCAGUGCCUGGCUGAGGCCGAGCAGGAGGAGGCGCUGGCGCCGGAGCUGCAGGACGAGGCGGCGGCUCAGCCCGAGCACAAGCAGCAGAAGCUCUGGCACCUCUUUCAGAAUUCGGCCACCGCCGUGGCGCAGCUCUACAAGGACCGGGUGUGCCAGCAGCCGGGGCUCUCCCUCUGGGUCCCCUUCCAGAACGCCGCCACUGCGGUCACCAACCUCUACAAAGAGAGUGUGGACGCUCACCAGCGAAGCUUUGAUUUAGGAAUUCAGAUAGGCUAUCAGCGGCGGAACAAAGAUGUGCUAGCCUGGGUUAAAAAACGCAGAAGAACUAUCCGAAGAGAAGACUUGAUCAGCUUCCUUUGUGGAAAAGUCCCUCCUCCAAGAAAUUCUAGAGCUCCCCCAAGACUGACUGUAGUAUCCCCUAACCGAGCUACUUCGACAGAAACUAGCUCGUCUGUAGAGACUGAUUUGCAACCCUUCCGUGAAGCCAUAGCUCUGCAUGGUCUUAGUGGUGCAAUGGCUAGUAUAAGUGUUCGCUCCAGUACCCCAGGCUCGCCUACUCACGUGAGCAGUGGCUCCAAUGCUAGUCGAAGGAGAAAUGGACUCCAUGAUGUUGAUUUGAACACUUUCAUAUCAGAAGAAAUGGCACUCCACUUGGACAAUGGUGGAACUAGAAAGCGUACCUCAGCCCAGUGUGGCGAUGUCAUUACAGACUCACCAACUCAUAAACGCAACAGAAUGAUCUAAACUGCAAAAAUUUCAAACCCACCAUGCUGCUUGAAAGCCACUUGAUCCUCAGAGUACUAUUGAAAAGGAAACAUGAGGCCAUCUUUCCAUAUUCACUGUUUAAGACAAAGAGUUCAAUAAAUGCCAUAAAGGAAAUUUUAGAUAUUACAUUAGAUGCCUCUUGUAACUACGGCUUUCUUAAACUAUAUUCUUAGCAGAGGACAUCAGAUAUUGUGUAGUAGUUAGCAAGAUCAUCAUAGGCGAACAUGUAUCUGUUCCAAGGCUAAAAGUGACCUUACUUGUAUUAUUAAAGGGAAAGGAAAUUUCAGAUGUUUAUUUGGCUAUAGAAUUCUUUUUUUUUUUUGUCCUUUAUUUCCUGCUUUGAGUAUUUGCUUAAACAGUAUUGCCAGUUUGACUGGAAUUGUCUACAACAUGACUUGGCAUCUUUGUCAAAACUGCAGGCUUCCAUUUUUGCAGCACUGUACCAUGCACCUAGUUUCUGUAUAGUAACAGUGUGCAAGUUAUAAAUAUUGGACUGUACCCUUUUUAGUUUUAAAAGCAGUUGAUAAUUCUGGUGAUUGUGUGAUAAUGUAAAGAGGUGCUAUGAUGGUCAUGCAAUUAAUACUUAAUAUUGAAUCAAUACAAGGAUCUUUAUUGGAUUCACUUUGUGUGUUCUAGUGCUCUGAAGUAGCAAUAUUAAACUUUUCCCCAAUUAACUUCAUAGGCUUUUAAAUCAGUUUGAGAAAAUAUAUGUACUUAUUGGUAUUAUCCUUGUGGUAAUCAUACACAGUGCAGACUGCACCAGUGCUGACCUAAAUUUAGAGAAAAAUGUCCUGUAAUUGGAAAAUAGGCUUUUCUGUUCAGUAUUAGUGAAGGGUAGGUUUUGUGUACACCCAUAUCCUAUUUUACAUUUCUUGUGAAGUAAUUGCCCAUUGCUGGGGAGGGGUGGGAGGAGAGGGAAUGUGGGGAAUAGUUGGAAAAGGGGUGUGUUCUAACAAGUAAGACUUCUGGUCACAUGUGGAAACUUGGACUAACUUAAACAAGAUUCUGUGGUGCCAUCCCCUUCAAGAGGGAAUGACAUGCAGGUUCUGUGAAGUGCUAAGAAAAUAAUUUAAAACUGGAAGUUGAUUAUAAAACUCUGGAUAAACAUGCUGUAAGCAUGAAUUUAAAAGGAUAAAUGGCUUUCUUUUUGUGUUUAGCUUACAUUCAUAGGAUUGAACUCUGGCUGCCGUAACUUAAGCAUAGUCUAAAACUGAACUAGAGAUCAAGACUGAUCUGAUCUGCUGCAAAUCUGUUUCUGAAUGGGGAAGGACAGAUGUCAGUCUUGGAGUGUCCUGAUUAUUUUUAUAUGUAGAGGGAGAAAGUCUUUGGUGGAGAGCUCUGGCGUUAGGGCCUCUAAAUCUCUGCCUGGGAAAGGGAUAACACAGGAAGAACAAGAAAACUAAGAGCUCCAACCACGCACGUUGGGAAAGGGGUGUUUAGAGGGGUGGUAUGCAUGCUUUAACUGGAAGCAUAGGCUGAUCCUGGGAUUAAGUGUAGCUAUGCUGGAUUCCAGUACUAAAAACUGUGGUUUCUGGCAAAGUUAAGGCACCUUGAGCUCCAUGUUAAUACACAGCUUUUCAAGACUUUUGCUUACGUGCUUGUAGAGUCAGAUCUCUUUUGUAUUAUCUUUGCUGUUUGAAGCAGACUUCACUGUAGGUUUGCCCUUUUUACCCCGGUGCCCUCUCAUCGAUGUCUGUAGUCAAGGCAAGACAGCAAUGCAGUGUGAGAUACUCAAGGCUCUCUACUUGAGCAUGAUUUCCUUGCCUUGUGGUGCUUCCAUCACAUUUCUUUCCCCUGAGGAGCCCUUGAAGAUGCCAGCAGUUGCACAGUCCUGUAGUGAGAGGCUCUGUAGUUCAUGGACAGCUGUCAGAGCUGCUCCAACCCCCACCUGUGUGACGUAGCUGAACUUGCACAUCACUUGAAGACUCAGUACACAUUAAUUUCAGUUACUGCUAUUAACUACAAUUCAUAAGGUUUAGUUAAUGUAAGAUGUUAAUACUGCAUAAAGCUCGUUUUCAUUUGGAGACUGCAUUUUCAGCAAAGAUUUUGAAGAUGGUAUCUGAAUAUACGUUAGUAUUUAUUAGACUGUUGGCAGAGGGAUUUUUCUGUUCUAAAAGAAAGGUGGAGUCCUGAACAGAAAGGACAGGUGUGAGAACCAUUCUUCAGCUCUUCUGUUUGUUUUUUAACUGGCUUGUACAAGUAAGAUGCUUAUGCUCUGCAACUUCUAACACACUUUAUUCUUGAUGAGGUAAAGGACAUCGUACUGGUAUCAGUUCUGCACACAGAGGCUGAACUGUAGCAGUGCUGCUGGUCUAGCCCAAAUACAGAGCCUGUUCAAAUUACUUCUCCCCUUUCUUGCAGUGAAAUAAAUCUUGUUAAUGCUCUGAAGCAUUAAUUCAGUUUAUUACUAAGUCUAAAACUAAAUUUGUCUGGCUUCUUACUUAAUUUGUGCCAUUUUUUU